GCGAGGGGAGGACGGGAAGCUGCGCGGUGGUGGGAGGGAGGGAGAGUGGUGGUCACGGUGUGCAAGCAUUUUGUGCGCCGCCUCUUCUCCUCGGAGUGCUCCCGCUCUCGACGUUCUUCCUUCCGAAUGUCUCCAGCACACGUGAAUUCCUUGCAAUAGUUGGAAUUUUCUCGGCGAUCUGGACCACGAUCUCAUGCACUGCUCGUGUCGAAUCACCAGACAGGCAAACGCCUCGAGCGCACAGCGUUGACGGGUCGCCCGGAUUUUUUUGGCUCACUGCUCCGGGACCGGGCUGACUUCGUCCGUCUUGAGUUGCACGGCUCGGCGCACUCGGAGGUGUUGCUUGAAAUUUCUGCAUUUGCUUCUGUUCAUCUUGCUGCAUUGGUUUGUUGGCCCACUCGAGGAGGAGUACUUGAAGGAGAUGCUAUGAUCAUCACGUGCAAAGGAAUCAGGAAGGUGUCUGCAGCAGCAGCUGUGGGUUGUGAUUGAGGAGAGGUGUAGUAGGAGAAGGGUAGUCAUUCGGAUCGUGUAAUCGGACGACAAUUUCCAUCGGUGGGUAGAAAUGGAACUGCAGGCGAUGGCCUCAUCUUCUUUGGCGAGGAGUCCGUUCAUGGGUUUGAAUUCUGGAGACUCUUGUGCUGCUCGAAUCACACCACGGUGCCUUGUUUCCAGGCGAUCAGUCGGCAGCACCGGGCGAUUCCCUAUCGCACGAGAGCGGCAGGUCUCCUUUUUGCCACUUAAGACCAAGCGCAAGAAAAUUUUGUUAUCGAGCCCGGUUGCCUCCUUCAACACCAACAGAGAUCGUGCCGCGAGUUGUGAACUUGACAAUGGUGGUGGCUUGACAAAGUACUCAGAUUUCGUUGUUGUCGGAAGCGGAAUCGCCGGGCUCAGAUAUGCUUUAGCAGUUGCAGAGCAGGGAACUGUAAAUGUUGUGACAAAGUCUGAACCACAUGAGAGCAACACUCAAUACGCACAGGGAGGAGUUAGCGCUGUACUCGAUCCUCUAGAUUCGGUUGAGAGUCAUAUCCGAGACACUAUUGUCGCAGGCGCGUUCUUGUGCGAUGAAGAGACCGUGGAGGUUGUCUGUCGCGAAGGGCCAGAAAGAGUUAGAGAGCUGAUGGCGAUGGGUGUUUCAUUUGAUCAUAGUGAAGAUGGCCAAUUGCAUCUUGCUAGGGAAGGUGGCCACUCGCAUCACCGCAUAGUACAUGCAGCUGACAUGACAGGAAGGGAGAUUGAGCGAGCACUACUAGCAGCUGUUCGUAGACAUCCUAAUAUCAAUAUUUUUGAGCAUCAUGUUGCUGUUGACCUCCUUACUAUUCAGGACGAUACAACGGUUACUUGCUACGGUAUUGAUACUUUGGAUGUCAGAUGCAAUCAGGUUGUACGAUUUUUGGGAGGAGUUACUAUGUUAGCUUCAGGAGGAUCUGGACAUAUAUAUCCAAGCACUACCAAUCCUCUGGUGUCAACUGGAGAUGGAGUUGCAUUGGCACAUCGCGCGCAUGCAGUCGUGUCUAAUAUGGAAUUCGUACAAUUUCAUCCCACUGCUCUGGCAGAUGAAGGUCUCAAAAUUCAACCACCUGGACGAGAAAACGCUUUUCUCAUCACAGAAGCUGUGAGAGGAGACGGGGGUCGUCUUUACAAUCAGGAUAUGGAGAGAUUCAUGUCUCAGUAUGAUGAACGUGAGGAGUUGGCACCUCGUGAUGUAGUGGCCCGUAGUAUCGAUGAUCAGCUGAAAAAACGAAAUGAAAAAUAUGUCUACUUGGAUAUUAGUCACAAGCCAGCGCAUGAGAUACUACAUCACUUUCCGAAUAUUGCCGCAGAGUGCAUGAAGUAUGGUUUAGACAUCACCAAAGAGCCCAUUCCGGUGGUACCUGCAGCGCAUUACAUGUGUGGUGGAGUCCAAACAGGAUUAAAGGGCGAGACUUCCAUUAUGGGUCUGUAUGCUGCAGGUGAAGUCACAUGCACGGGUCUCCAUGGCGCGAACAGACUGGCGAGUAACUCUUUGCUGGAGGCAUUGGUCUUUGCCCAAAGAGCAGUGGAACCAUCCAUCGGCUUUGUUCGCUACAUGGCCGGCAUGCAGUUCAAUAUUGAUGAGGCGAGCGAGUGGCCAAGAUUAGUUGCUGCUAACUUGGAACAAUCGCAGUCAGAGGCCAUCAUAAGCUUCACCAAAGCUCAAAGGAAGAGAUUACAGCAGAUAAUGUGGGAAUAUGUUGGUAUAGUCCGAUCAACGGAACGUUUGGAGAUUGCUCAAGCAGCGUUAAGUGGGCUUCAAAAGGAGUGGGAAGAGUUCUUAUUCAACCAUGGUUGGAAUCGUAGCAUGGUCGGGUUGGAAGUUUGUGAGAUGCGGAACUUGAUUACAGUGGCUAAUCUAGUCGUCAGCAGUGCUCUCGUCAGGCAGGAGAGUCGUGGCUUGCAUUAUACCGUAGAUUUCCCUGAGCUUGUGGAAAGUGAGAGAUUACCCACCAUACUUUUCCCCAGCACCCCUAUGGCUUCCACAUGGAGCACACAGCAGGUGCAUACUGUCUACAAGGAACCUUUCUCUCUGUUCACGAAGUCGGAAUCUCCUUUGGUGUCUGAGUUGGAAAGGUAGCAGGAAGAAUCUGAUGCUGAGACUUUUUUAGACAGGUCUGUAAAAAGAUGAUUUAAGUAGGGAUCACUAGGCCAAUUUCAACAGAGUAGGGUAGGUUAGAUUAGUGUAGAUUAGUGUAGAAAAUUACGUAAGUUUCUCAAUUGAUAUUCCUCAUACUAGCCUCUUGCCGAAGGUUAGAUGAAUAUUUUUGGUGAUCGUCUUUAACAUCCACUGACUAUUAGAGGAGAACCACUAUCCUUCUACUUUGCUGAGAUAUUACACGAAGUUGUAAACUUAGAAACUCAACAAAUGAGGAUCAUUGCUGAUGGCUAUUUGAAUAUGGCUUUAACAGUAACUACUUCCAGCUUCUCAUUUUUCACAUUAUCACGAGUGGACAUAAUCAAUUUGAGCUGUUAGUAGCUUGUUCACGUCUUCAUCAUACGAACAUUGCCCCUCUCAUGAUUCUCUUCCUUUAUCUACCUACAUUUGUCUAUUUUUGGCUUUACUUCUCGACGAAGUGGAUGUUUCUAUGUUUUUGCCAAUGUGCCUUUGGCCUUUACUUCAGUUAUGGGUGAAAAUUUUUGUUUCUUAAAAGAUAGUGACCAUAUACGCAUUGUGUAUAAAAUAGAAAAUUUGUGUAGCAAGACUGAUACUCAAGUUUUUGCAAUUAUUGUCGUAAAUCGAUAUCAGUGAAAUGCACGCACUUAUUGAAAACAAGUAUUUAUAUGACAGACAUCAAAGACG